AUGAAAAGCUCCGAUGACGGCGAUUGUCGAUUUCAAGAAAGCAACUCUUCAAAAAAGUCUAUCAAAAUGGCUGCUGCUCGGACACUUCGCAUUGGUCUUAUCCCCGGAGACGGUAUCGGACGGGAGGUCAUCCCGGCCGGCCGUCGGAUCCUUGAGUCCCUCCCUUCGUCCCUGAACCUCAAGUUCAGCUUCGUCGACCUCGAUGCCGGCUACGAGACCUUCCAGAAGACUGGAACCGCUCUGCCCGACAAGACUGUCGAUACCCUGAAGAAGGAGUGUGACGGUGCUCUCUUUGGCGCUGUUAGCACCAAGGUCGCCGGUUACUCAUCGCCUAUUGUCGCCCUCCGCAAGAAGCUCGACCUGUACGCCAACGUCCGUCCUGUCAAGACCACCGCCGGCAACAGCAAUGGCAAGCCCAUUGACCUGGUCAUUGUCCGUGAGAACACCGAGGAUCUGUACGUGAAGGAAGAGCGCACUAUCGAGGGCCCCAACGGCAAGGUUGCCGAGGCCAUCAAGCGUAUCUCCGAGCACGCCUCGUUCCGCAUCUCCAACAUCGCCGGUGAGAUUGCGCUCCGUCGCCAGAACAUCCGCUCCGCUUUCCCCGCCACCUCCACUCGUGACCAGUCCAUGGUUACCAUCACCCACAAGUCGAACGUGCUCUCCCAGACUGACGGUCUCUUCCGUGAGACCGCUCGCCGCGCUCUUGCCGCCGAGAAGUUCUCCUCCGUCUUCGUCGAGGAGCAGAUUGUCGACUCCAUGGUCUACAAGCUCUUCCGUCAGCCCGAGUUCUACGAUGUCAUUGUCGCCCCUAACCUCUACGGUGACAUCCUCUCUGACGGUGCUGCUGCCCUCGUUGGCAGCUUGGGUCUCGUCCCCAGUGCCAACGUCGGUGAUGGCUUCGCUAUCGGUGAGCCCUGCCACGGCAGUGCCCCUGACAUUGAGGGUCAGGGUAUCUCCAACCCCAUUGCUACUAUCCGCAGUGUUGCUCUCAUGCUCGAGUUCCUGGGCGAGGAGAAGGCCGCUGCCCAGAUCUACGCUGCUGUCGACGGUAACCUGGAUGCUGCCCAGUUCCUUACCCCCGAUAUGGGCGGAAAGUCUACCACUCAGCAGGUGUUGGACGAUGUCCUGAAGAGACUGUAA